AUGAAACCAAUUCAUACUCCAAUUAAUUUAAGUCUAUCUUAAUUAUAUCAAUCGGAAAUCAAAUAACAAUAAUAACCAGACAGAAUUUUAAAAGAUUUAAAUGGUUCUGCUUUUAAAUUUAAAUUUGACUCAAAUUUUAGUGAUAGAAAACAAAGAUAACCACAAUAAUAAUAAUAAUAAUAAUAUUAGACUAAUUUAGAUUGUGGAUUAAGAAAAUCAUCUAUAUUUGAGGAUUACAAAUUUGAAAUGGAAAAUGGUAAUAGUUGUAGGAAUAACAAUUAAAUUUAUAAAUUUAAUCACUUAAAUUCUAGUUCUGAAUUUAAUUAUUAAAAACCAAAUAUAUAAAAUGUUUAAGGAUAAUAUCAAUCAAAUUAAGCAUUAAUUGGAAGUAAAAUGUUAAGUCCUCUUUAAAAGAUGAAUCAUUUUAUUUAAGAAGAUCUUGAAAGUUUAAGAUUUAGUUAACAAUUCUAGAAACUUCAUUUUAAUGAUAAUAAUGUAGAUGAUUAUAAAAUAUCACUUUAUUAUUAUAAACCUUAGAUUGGUAUCACAUAUUAAAUGAAAGAUAACUUAUUGUUAGUGACAAUAGAUUAAAGUUAGAUAACAAAAAUUAGAUAAUAUUUGAAUGAAUUUUAGAUUGAUACCUUAAUAAUAUUUUACUCCAUAAAUUUUCCUUAAUAAUUAUUAAUGUCUAUAAAAUAAAUAAUAUAAGGAGUUGUUAAAUUUUGUAACUUUAUGUAAUGGGAAGAAUAUAAUAUUUAAGAUAAAUUAACAUAAGUAGGAUUUAUGCAUCCAGAAAUAUAUAAUGAAACAUUAAUAGAUAAGUAAAUAUAUAUUAAUUUAUGUUCUGCUUUACCUAUUCUAUCUAGAUCUAAUUUAGAUACAAUAAUAAAUUAAUUAUAAGAAAAUGAGAAAUGUUGUAAACUUAAGUUUAAUGAUUCAUUAUAAAAUUAAUUAGGAAUAUUAAAAUAAGAGAAUAAAUAAUUAAGUAUAUAAUAAUUAUUUGAAAAAUACUUUUAGACAUUUCAUGCUAAGAAGAUAUUUUUGGAUUAUUUAAAGAAUCCAAUAUCAUCUUAUUAGAUAAUAAAUAAAAGAUUAUAGAAUUUGUACAUAUUUCAAUAAUUAUCACUCUAACCUUCAAAUUAAAAAUUUAUAAAAAUGCCAGGAAAGAUUGGAUCAUUCACAUAAAGUAUUAUUAAAAUAAUAUAAUAUAGUUUUGAAGGUUUUGUCAACAUAUUAAGAGAAGAGUGAACCAUAUUCUAAGUUAUUUACAUAAUUAUAAUAUUUAAUUGAAUUUGUAACAGUAGUGAAAUAAUUGGUAGUAAUAGAUAGAAGAGCAUAAUAAUAAACAUGUUAAUUAUUAAAAGAUUUAAGUAAUGUAAAUUUAGAAAGUAUAUGUUAAUUAUCUGAUAUUAUUGAAACAUCUUUGUUAUUCAAUUAAUCAAAUGUUUAAAUAAAAGAACAAAAAUAUCCUUAACUUGAAUAGUUAUUAUCUUUAUAAAUUAAUUUAAAAACAAGAAUUUAAUUAAUAAAAAAUAAACAUUAAUCAGAAUUGGCAUUAGUAGGUAUUAAACCUUAAUCUAUUGAAGUGAAAUAUGUAAAUAAUUCAUAUAAGUUGGUUGUUUAGUCAAAUUUAAAUUUAGAGGAUAAAGUAUAAACAUUAGGAUGGGAAAUGAUUAGUGAAAGAGAUGCUGAAAAUUUUGUAGUUUUUAAGACUUCUUAUACUCUUAGUUUAGAUGAUUAAUUUGGUGAUUUAGAAAAUUAAAUUAUAUCUAUGUAAGAAAAGAUCUUAAUAGAACUUGUGAAAUAAAUUUAAUCAUAUUCUGAUUAAUUAUAAUAAAUAGAAUAAUUAAUUGGAGAAAUUGAUUAUUAUAUAGGAUUAAGUAUUGCAAUUACAUAAAUGAGAUUAUGUAUUCCAAAAUUAAAUAAUAAUAAUCAAAUGAAAAUUUAAGGAGGAAGACAUUUAUUAGUUGAAUAAACAAAAAAAUAAAAUGUUGAAUUUUAACCAAAUGAUUUUGUAUUAAAUGAUAAAAGAAUAUUUUUAAUUGUAGGUCCAAACUUUUCUGGUAAAUCUGUAUUUAUUAGAUAAAUUGGUAUAAUAAUUUAUUUGGUUCAUUGUGGAUUACCAGUUCCAGCUUUGAAUGUAGAUACAUAUUUAUUAGAAGAAAUUCAUGCUUUAUUUCCAUGUGAAGGUAAGUAAUAAUCAAAUUUAAGUAUAACUAAUCUAGAAUUAUUAUAAUUGAGUUCUGCAUUAAAAGUUUCAAGUAGAUCUUUAGUUUUGAUGGAUGAAAUUGGAAAAAGUAUAUAUUUCUAUUUAUAUUAUAUAGCAUUUAAAUAUUAAGUUGGAUCUAAUCUUCAUAAAUCUGCAUUAGAAUAUUUUAUGUAGAUGUCUCCAACACCACCUAUAGUAUUAUCAGCCACUCAUUAUCAAAAUCAUGAAGAAUUACUUUAAUAAAAGUGUUUGCAAUAAGGAGAAAUGGAGGUAGCAUUUGAAUCAAAUAAAAAUCUUAUUUUUGUUUAUAGAAUAGACUUCCAUUCUAAAAGAGUAUAAAAAGUAUCUUUUGGAUUGGAGGUAGCUUUAUUGGUCCAUUAAAAUGAGGAAUUAUAUUAGAGAGGCUUAUAAUUAUAUGAAUUAUUAACUAAAUAUAAGUAUUUAUAAAAUAGUUGA